AACAUGGGUGCAUCAUGUUCCUGCAACGAAACCUGGUGUAACUACAUGAUGAGUAUGCGAGAUGCUGCUAAACGAAGAAGAAUAUCAAGACAGAAAAGUCUUGGUAGACGACCUAAGUGUUUGAGAAUUCGACGUAAACUGCCGGAUUGCAAAUGUCUACCAACACCCGAAAAACCAAGCUGUCCUGAACUUAGCAAUGACAACUAUGAACGCAAUACCAAGCCUUGUGCAAAACACGUGACCUUCACUUGUCCAGAUAAAGAUACGAAAACUGAGUGUGUGUGUUCGUCUGUCAGUUCUUAUAGACAUCGUUCUAUCCAAUGUCCAGAAACAUGCUUGUCAGAUGUGCGUCUGGAGCCGGCUUGUAACUGUUUCGUUAGAAACAACGUUUGUAGAUUCACUGUUGAUGCUUAUUUUAAUUAA